UCUGUAAUCAGGUAAGCUCCCUCGAUUCGUUUAGUUUCCAGAUGUUUAGCUCUCGGAAUCUCAUUACCCAAAUUUCCCACUCCCCCCUCCGCCCUGCCUGCUUUUCUUGCCCAAUUGUGCAGCUUUCCUGUUUCCCGUACAGAUGGGUGGCGUCACUUCCCUGGUCCUUGCCAUCUGCUAUUUGGAUGCCCUCCCUCGUCCCAGGCACCUGCCGCAAAUCUCUCUUUUCACUUCCGAUAACUUUGCUGCACGUCUAACUUUUUUAUUUUCCCAAGGUGGCCGGAGAGCUCAUUUGCCUUUCUCUGGCCCCCGAUGCGCCCUCGCUGACGUUUUGCAGUUCCACUCCCUGAGCCACCUUCUGUCUUUCUUCUUCCAACUCUGCUGACCCCACUGCCUCUCCCCACUCUCCCCAGUUGUGUAGACUCAGCUCCUGGUCCAUUAGAGGUGCCAGUUACCUCACCUUCACCUGUGCUCUCGAGGGGGUGGGGUCCCUUCCCCCACUUUUUGUCUUCUUGCCAUUUUAGGCCCCCCUCUCUCAAAUGCAUAGUGUCUCCCUUACAGUUUCUGUCUCUGCCCCCCCAGAUGUACGGGGACCCCCUAUGCACCGAACCCAAUACGUUCAUUCCCCGUACGAUCGUCCUGGUUGGAACCCUCGGUUCUGCAUCAUCUCUGGGAACCAGCUGCUCAUGCUGGAUGAGGACGAGAUACACCCCCUUCUGAUCCGGGACCGGAGGAGCGAGUCCAGUCGCAACAAACUGCUGAGACGCACAGUCUCCGUGCCGGUGGAGGGGCGGCCCCACGGCGAGCAUGAGUACCACUUGGGUCGCUCGAGGAGGAAGAGCGUCCCAGGGGGGAAGCAGUACAGCAUGGAGGCCGCCCCCGCUGCACCCUUCCGUCCCUCGCAAGGCUUCCUGAGCCGGCGGCUAAAAAGCUCCAUCAAACGGACGAAGUCGCAACCCAAACUUGACCGGACCAGCAGCUUCCGCCAGAUCCUGCCUCGCUUCCGAAGUGCUGACCAUGACCGGGCCCGGCUGAUGCAGAGCUUUAAGGAGUCACACUCCCAUGAGUCCUUGCUGAGUCCUAGCAGUGCAGCGGAAGCCUUGGAGCUCAACUUGGAUGAAGAUUCCAUUAUUAAGCCUGUGCACAGCUCCAUCCUGGGCCAGGAGUUCUGUUUUGAGGUAACCACAUCCUCAGGAACAAAAUGCUUUGCCUGUCGGUCUGCAGCCGAAAGGGACAAGUGGAUCGAGAACUUGCAGCGGGCAGUCAAGCCCAACAAGGACAACAGCCGCCGGGUAGACAACGUGCUCAAGCUGUGGAUCAUAGAGGCCCGGGAGCUGCCUCCCAAGAAGCGGUACUACUGUGAGCUGUGCCUCGAUGACAUGCUGUAUGCGCGCACCACCUCCAAGCCCCGCGCAGCCUCAGGGGACACGGUCUUCUGGGGUGAGCACUUUGAGUUCAACAACCUGCCAGCCGUCCGGGCCCUCCGGCUGCAUCUGUACCGUGACUCGGACAAGAAGCGCAAGAAGGACAAGGCGGGCUACGUUGGCCUGGUGACUGUGCCUGUGGCCACGCUGGCUGGGCGCCACUUCACAGAGCAAUGGUACCCUGUAACCCUGCCAACUGGCAGUGGGGGGUCCGGGGGCGUGGGGGCAGGAGGGGGAGGCGGCUCUGGGGGAGGCUCAGGGGGCAAGGGCAAAGGAGGGUGCCCAGCGGUGAGACUUAAAGCACGUUACCAAACAAUGAGCAUCCUGCCCAUGGAGCUAUAUAAAGAGUUUGCGGAAUAUGUCACCAACCAUUAUCGGAUGCUGUGUGCUGUGCUGGAGCCCGCCCUGAAUGUCAAGGGCAAGGAGGAGGUUGCCAGCGCCCUGGUUCACAUCCUGCAGAGCACAGGCAAGGCCAAGGAUUUCCUUUCAGACAUGGCCAUGUCUGAAGUGGACCGGUUCAUGGAGCGGGAGCACCUCAUCUUCCGAGAGAACACGCUCGCCACUAAAGCCAUAGAAGAGUACAUGCGCCUGAUUGGUCAGAAAUACCUCAAGGAUGCUAUUGGGGAGUUCAUCCGUGCUCUGUAUGAGUCUGAGGAGAACUGUGAGGUGGACCCCAUCAAGUGCACGGCGUCCAGUCUGGCAGAGCACCAGGCCAACCUGCGAAUGUGCUGUGAGUUGGCCCUGUGCAAGGUGGUCAACUCCCAUUGCGUCUUCCCGAGGGAGCUGAAAGAGGUGUUUGCGUCUUGGCGACUGCGCUGCGCAGAGCGAGGCCGGGAGGACAUCGCUGACCGGCUGAUCAGCGCCUCGCUCUUCCUGCGCUUCCUCUGCCCAGCCGUCAUGUCGCCCAGUCUCUUUGGGCUCAUGCAGGAGUACCCAGACGAGCAGACCUCGCGGACCCUCACACUCAUCGCCAAGGUCAUCCAGAACCUGGCCAACUUUUCCAAGUUCACGUCCAAGGAGGACUCCCUGGCGUUCAUGAACGAGUUUCUGGAGCUGGAGUGGGGCUCCAUGCAGCAGUUCUUGUACGAGAUCUCUAACCUGGACACACUGACCAACAGCAGCAGCUUUGAGGGCUACAUCGACUUGGGCCGAGAGCUCUCCACGCUGCAUGCCCUGCUCUGGGAGGUGCUGCCCCAGCUCAGCAAGGAAGCCCUCUUGAAGCUGGGCCCCCUGCCCCGGCUCCUCAACGACAUCAGCACGGCUCUGAGGAACCCUAACAUCCAACGGCAGCCGAGCCGCCAGAGCGAGCGGGCCCGGCCUCAGCCUAUGGUGCUGCGGGGUCCAUCAGCCGAGAUGCAGGGCUACAUGAUGCGGGACCUCAACAGCUCCAUCGACCUUCACUCCUUCAUGGCUCGAGGCCUCAACAGCUCGAUGGACAUGGCUCGCCUCCCCUCCCCAACCAAGGAGAAGCCGCCGCCGCCGCCGCCGCCGGGCGGGGGUAAAGACCUGUUCUACGUGAGCCGCCCACCCCUGGCCCGUUCCUCGCCGGCAUACUGCACGAGCAGCUCGGACAUCACGGAGCCGGAGCAGAAGAUGCUGAGUGUCAACAAGAGCGUGUCCAUGCUGGACCUGCAGGGCGAUGGGCCCGGUGGCCGUCUCAACAGCAGCAGUGUUUCCAACCUGGCAGCUGUGGGCGACCUGCUGCACUCAAGCCAGGCCUCACUGACAGCGGCCUUGGGGCUGCGGCCUGCACCUGCUGGACGCCUCUCCCAGGGGAGUGGCUCUUCCAUCACGGCCGCCGGCAUGCGCCUCAGCCAGAUGGGUGUCACCACGGACGGGGUCCCUGCCCAGCAACUUCGCAUCCCCCUGUCCUUCCAGAACCCUCUCUUCCACAUGGCGGCUGAUGGGCCCGGCCCCCCAGGGGGCCACGGAGGGGGUGGUGGCCACGGCCCACCUUCCUCCCAUCACCACCACCACCACCACCACCACCACCGAGGUGGAGAGCCCCCCGGGGACACCUUUGCCCCGUUCCAUGGCUAUAGCAAGAGUGAGGACCUCUCCUCAGGGGUCCCCAAGCCCCCCGCUGCCUCCAUCCUUCACAGCCACAGCUACAGUGACGAGUUCGGGCCCUCUGGUACUGACUUCACCCGUCGGCAGCUCUCACUGCAGGACAACCUGCAGCACAUGCUGUCCCCUCCCCAGAUCACCAUCGGUCCCCAGAGGCCAGCCCCCUCAGGGCCUGGAGGCGGGAGUGGUGGUGGGGGCAGCGGUGGGAGUGGCGGAGGCCAGCCGCCGCCAUUGCAGAGGGGCAAGUCUCAGCAGUUGACGGUCAGCGCUGCCCAGAAACCCCGGCCUUCCAGCGGGAAUCUGUUGCAGUCCCCGGAGCCGAGUUACGGCCCCGCUCGUCCUCGCCAACAGAGCCUCAGCAAGGAGGGCAGCAUUGGGGGCAGCGGGGGCAGCGGUGGCGGAGGAGGGGGUGGGGGGCUCAAGCCCUCCAUCACCAAGCAGCAUUCUCAGACACCAUCCACGCUGAACCCCACAAUGCCAGCCUCUGAACGAACAGUGGCCUGGGUCUCCAAUAUGCCUCACCUGUCGGCCGACAUCGAGAGCGCCCACAUCGAGCGGGAAGAGUACAAACUUAAGGAGUACUCUAAAUCGAUGGAUGAGAGCCGGCUGGAUAGGGUGAAGGAGUACGAGGAGGAGAUCCACUCACUGAAGGAACGGCUGCACAUGUCCAACCGGAAGCUGGAGGAGUAUGAGCGGAGGCUGCUGUCCCAGGAAGAGCAGACCAGCAAGAUCCUGAUGCAGUACCAGGCCCGGCUGGAGCAGAGCGAGAAGAGGCUGCGGCAGCAGCAGGUGGAGAAGGACUCGCAGAUCAAGAGCAUCAUUGGCAGGCUGAUGCUGGUGGAGGAGGAGCUGCGCCGGGACCACCCCGCCAUGGCUGAGCCGCUGCCCGAGCCCAAGAAGAGGCUGCUCGACGCUCAGGUGGAAAUUACAAUGUCAUUUAUCUUCUCCGUGUCCCAUCCCCAUCCAUCCCACCGUCCUUCGUGCACUCACCACACUGACCAGCCCAGCCCCAUGGCCAUCUGUCUCUCCCCCUGUCCCCGCAGCCGCCCAGCGACCCCCAUCUUCAUCCCAUUGUCUGCCUUUGUCACUCCCAGCAGUGUCCACCCCCUCUCUGCCUCCCGACCCUGUCUUUCCCGUGCCUUUCUGCCUCUCGGUGCCUUGGCCGAGACUCCCCAUACCACCAUGCAGUGCCUGGAACCCCUGUUCCUCACUGCCCCUCCGGUUCCAGCCCGGGGGUGCAGCCUCUUCCCGGCUCUUCUCAGGCCUGGGCAGGUUAGAAGCUGCAGUGUGUUAACACUGGAGCACAGGGGAGCAUGAGUGCUAGUCUCCCCAGGCUCUGGAGGGUACUCUGGGGAUUUGCGGUUCCCUCACCUCUGUUCUAUUGGCUCUCCGAGUUCCCUGGCCCGUAGCGGCUCCUGGGCCGCUUCCUCCAGCCUCCUAGGCCACCUCCUCCCUCCUGGUUUAAGUGUGGCCUGCCUGGGGCCUUCCUGCCCCUCUGGUCCUCACACCUGAAGUGUUCUCCGGCUCCUGCUGCCCUCCCUGUCCUCACCGGCCAGCUUUCAGGGCCUCCCUUGCGCCCCACCCCUGUUGUCCUCAAAUUCUGCUCUUUCCUGCCACGCUCCUCCUUCCUCCGCUCAGACCACCAGGCUGCUUUCAGCAGAACCGCCAAGGCCCUGACCCCUGACCCCACUCUCUC